GCGCCAGAUGGGGUAGUGUACCCCUCUAAUUCAUGACUCGUUGAGCUGUUUACCCUCGACAAUACGAAAAUGGAAUGAAGUCCCAAGACUUUAGUUUGUGUUGGUCUCUGAGAUUGACAAGAUGCUAACUAUAUGCGAGCAAUUAUCCCACGAUCAUCAUCGCCGCCCUCAUAAACAGGGCAAGCAAGCAUAGCCUGCGACGUGGAGAAUCCUCACCAAAAGCAAGGAAGCUCAUCAAAUGACAACCCUUCACGACAUUACACCCACCACUGGAAACCACCAACUAGCAUCUAGCGCUCUCUCAAUAUGUAGUAGCUUCAAUUAAACCCCUGUCAUGGCGGUCUCAUGUCCUGGAAGCUUGCCUUGCGGUGUGAGUCUCCCUCGGAUAGCCCUACGGUAUUUCAAGGCCUUGCUUUCCCAGCCCAGCCUUGGGACUGUUGCCUCUGCUCGCGUCUUCUUUUGCCUCAGCACUUGCUCACCUUCAAAUACUACAUACUUCGUGCUCAUGGCCGAUAAACCCACAACCGCCCCUCAAACAUCAACCAUCCCCACAAUGACCACCGCCGAAAAGUCAUCGUCUGGCUUCCUCAAAGUCAUCGCCUUCUUCGACCUCGUCGUCAAACUCGCUGCGACAGGUGCGCUCAUCGGAAUUCUCGUGCUACUUGUGCAGUUCAACAACAACAUCGAUAAGCUCUUCAACGGCAGCAGAUCCCUCCCCGUUCGUGUCUCCGAUGCCGCGCCGCUGCGUAUCAUGCCCGGUUAUUCGGGCACCUUCGAUGUUCGUAUGACGAAUAACGCGAAUGACCCCGUGUGGUUCAAGGUGGACAAUUAG